AUGAUCCAAGCCAGGGGAGGGCCCAGGGAGCUCCAGGAUCCAGGAGACCCCCUCUGGGCACGAGGAAAUCCCGAUCAGGGAGCGGGGCUGGAUGUGACUCCAGGCGCUCCCGCAGACAUUCCCAAGGCCGCGGAUUCCCGGGGGGAUUCGCGCCGGGGCUCCCUGUGCGACCGGCACUGCUCCACCAUCAACAACGACCUGGGCGACCCGGGCUGUCACCAGCACCGGCUCCGCGGCCCCGCGGCCGCGCCCUCCCCGCACCUGGAGGAAUGCGAGAGCUGCGCCAGGACCACCCUGACGGCCGAGAACGCCGUGGAGGCCAACAAGCUCUCCAACAACUACAAGUUCGGCUUCAAGAAGUGGAAGAGCCACGUGACGGCGCGGCCGUGGGAGGAGCGCUCCGAGAUCGUCAAGGAGCUCUACUCGGACCUCACCGUGCUCCGGGGCCCUGCAGGGUCCACGGUGACGUGUGGGAAUGUCCUGUACCUGCUGCUCUUCGGCUGGUGGCUCUCGCUGCUGCACGGGCUGGUGGCCGCAGGGAUGUUCCUCACCGUCGUGGGGGCUCCUCACGGGCGGCUGUGCUGGGACCUGGCCGGGUAUUUCCUGUGGCCCUUCGGCAAAGUCAUCCAGAAGGUGGAGGUGCCCAAAUCCCAGGAGGCCGGAGCGGGGGAGAGCUUGGCCCUGCUGGGGGGUCCCACCCCAGGCCGGUGGAGCCCGCGGUGCUGGGAGGGCACCGGAUACUGGCGCCGGGUGGGCUGUGUGGCCUGGCUGUGCCUGGGGUACCCGCUGCUGGCCCUGUGCCACGGGCUGGUGUGUGUCACCGCCUGGCUCCUCAUCGUCACCAUCCCGGUGGCCAAGCUGAGCGCCCGCAGCGCCACCCGUGUCCUGCUGCUGCCCCCCGAGCGCGUGCGUGUCCGCAGGCUCAGGAUGACGGAGGUGCCGCUGGAGGGGGAGGUGCUCCUGUGCUGCCACCGCGCUGCCAACCCCUACUACUACAAGUACUCCGUGCACGGCCUCAACGUCUUCGCCAUCAACCUGCUGCCGCUGGUGCUGGUGACGCUGCUGUUGGGGUACCUGGACAGCCACAACCACCUGAGCAGCUCCACCCUCAAGUUCUCCCUGGCCCUACUCUCCAUCAUGCCCCUGUCCUACUACAUCGGCAUGGCCAUCGCCAGCAUCUCGGCGCAGAGCACGUUCGCGGUGGGCGCGGUGGUGAACGCCACCUUCGGCUCCGUCACCGAACUCACCUUCUACAUCAGCGCCCUCCUCAAGGGCUCCCGCGAGGGCAGCGCCUGCUACGCCGAGGUGGUGAAGGCGGCGCUGACCGGGACCCUGGUGGGCUGCGUGCUCUUCAUCCCGGGUCUGUGCAUGGUGAUCGGGGGCAUCCGGCACCAGGAGCAGCGCUUCAACAGCCGCUCUGCCGGCGUCAGCUCCGCCCUGCUCUUCCUCUCGGUGGGAGGAGUCUUUGCCCCCACGCUGUUCUCCAAGGUGUACGGGAAGCUGGUGUGUGGGGAGUGCCACAACGUCACCCAGAACCCGCUGGGACACUACCUGUGCCACAGCUGCCACUUCGACCUGAUGGACAACAACGGCACCCUCUACUACAGCCACGUCCAACCCCUGGUGUACACGGUGUCCCUGCUGCUCCCCGCCGGCUACCUCGUGGGGCUCUGCUUCACCCUCAAAACCCACUCCCACAUCUACGACAUCCACGUCAGCGGCUGCCACAUGCCAGGCCACCACCACAGUGCCGUGGUGCACUGGUCCCGCUGGCGGGCCCUGGUCAUCCUGCUGCUCUCCACCCUCUGCAUGUCAGCCUGUGCUGACCUGGCCACGGAGCACAUCAGCCCCAUCCUCACCAACUCCACCAUCUCCCAGUACUUCAUCGGUGUCACCGUGCUGGCCAUGGUGCCUGAGCUGCCAGAGAUCGUCAAUGGCAUCCAGUUUGCCCUCCAGAACAACCUGAGCCUGAGCAUCGAGAUCGGGAACUGUAUCGCCGUGCAGGUCUGCAUGCUGCAGAUCCCCAUCCUUGUGCUCUUCACCAUCUUCUACCCCACCAACUUCACGCUGGUGUUCAGCGACCUGCACGUGUACGCCAGCAUGUUCAGCGUGGUGCUCAUGAACUACACCUUCAUGGACGGCAAAUGUGACUACUUCCAAGGCACGGUGCUGGUGAUGGUUUACUUCAUCCUCCUGGCCGUGUAUUUCUUCGCCCCCUCGCCCCGUGGCUGCUGAGCCGCGGCCUCUCCCGGCCCUGCCUGCAUUCCCGGAGUU